AUGGAGGAGCAAGGAAACAGCAAGAAGAGAACCCGCAAAAGAAAAACAAGAAAACCCAAAAUCCCUUCCGCUUCCCUUCUUUCCCUUAACGACACUAACACCAUCUUCCCUCUCUUACUAGCCGCAACAGCUCAACUCUCCAAUUCUCAAAACAACACACCCAACAAUAAUUCCGAAAUCUUAAUUAAGAAAUGCAUAACCAAAUUACACCACUCUCUCCUUUCAAACAACCAAACAUUUCCCAUUUCAGUCCUCUCUUUGUUUCCCGUCCUCAUGAAUUCCAAGUGUGCAGGAAUUGCUUGUCGAAGUGCGGAGAUUGUUGGGUUGGCUUCACUGGUGUCAUUGGAAAUGAAUGAAUUGGUUGCUUUGGAUGAGGGGAUGGUGAAAGGUGUGAUCUUGAUGUUAGGGAGUGGAAAAAGGAAACUUUCUGUGGCUGCUUGUAAUGCGCUUUUGGAUUUGUCUACUACUUUGAUUGGAAGACAAAAGUUAUUGGAAUUCUUAGCUUUAGAAAGGCUUAUGUUUGGAUUCCUUCAGGUUCCUGCCUCUUCAAUAUUGGUUUCUUUAUACAAUGAAGAUAAGAGAAGUGUUGCCCUUGCCAGGAUAGCUUUUAAAGAAGAUGGAGCUGCAGUGUCACUUCUUCAUGCUGCUAUUACUUUAAUUAAUACUUGCAACAUUGAGCAAUUGGAAAGGAUCCCAUUGAAGCUGGCUGAAAAGUUCUUGGUUUCUUUGAAAAAGUUGUGGGGAAAAGUGCAUAAUCAGAUGUUACUUGGCAAUGCUUGGACUUCCCGUCGAGAGAGGGAUUUAAAUUUGAGAGAUGUUACAGUUAACAAUCUGGCAGAAAGUAUUUUUAGGCUUUCUAUUAAUGCCAGUGAAAAUGUGAUUCCUUUGCCAUCUGUGAUAAUUGACAGAAAGAUCUUCGGUUGGGGUGAGCUAAGUUUUGAAAAUUUCAUGUUACAUCACUGGGAAUCAUCUCCUUCUAUCGUAAGAAGGCUUUCAGGUUCCUUAAUUGAGGAAGAUGACAUUUUUAGCUCGUUUGCACAAUCUCUGAACUGUAAAGAAGCAUCUCCUACCUUUCUUUCAUGCGUACUUAAAAAUUUUAUUUCAUGUGUACCUAUUGCUUCAGAUGAACUGAAUAUCAUAAGUUUCCUGGAGGAGAUGAGAAGUGAAUUGGGCUGUCCUAUAAUCUACCAUCAGGACAUACGAGUACUAAGGACAGAGCAGCCUUUAAAAAAAGAGGUGCAUUUCUUUCAAAAGAAAUUUGAUCCAUGCUGCUUUAAGAAACUUGCUUUCAAUACUACGGACAUUAUGAAAUGUGAAGAAGCAUUUAAAGAGGGGUAUACAAUCGCUCUGCGUGGUGUUGAGUUUCGCUUUGCAAGUAUUGCAGCUGUUGCAGAUGCUUUAGCAUCUUUGUUUGGUCAACCAUCAGUUGGUGCCAAUAUAUACUUGACACCACCUAAUUCUCAGGGUUUAGCUCGUCAUUGGGAUGACCACUGUGUGUUUGUAUGCCAACUCGUUGGAACUAAGCAAUGGACAAUCUAUUCACGACCAAAUUUGCAGCUACCUCGCUUGUAUGAUCCUCUUGAUAGAGAACAUCGUUUUGGGGAAGAGAAUUCAUUGGCUGUACGUAGAAAGUUCCUGUUGCGGGAAGGUGACAUUUUGUAUAUUCCAAGAGGCUUUCCUCAUGAGGCAUGUACAGAUGAUGGUGGAUCUAGUGAUUUAGCCAGAUUUUCCUUACACGUCACCUUUGGCAUUGAGGUGGAACCUCCAUUUGAGUGGGAGGGCUUUGCACAUGUUGCACUCCAUUGCUGGUACCAGACCCAAAAACAGCUGCAUCAUGCUUCCAUUGAGCCACUGUCUGGAACUAUGGAUCUCAUGUCUGUGAUUCUGUUGCAUGUAAUGAUUGAAUUAAUUGGGGCUUCUGAUUCUACCUUGCGGAAAGCUUCCUUAGUUGGUGCUGAUUUUUUGCCAUUGGAAGCCAAUGUUUGGCUUAAUUUGGACCAGAAAACCACAUUUAACCAUAUUAUGGAUCAAAUUAAUAAGGCAUCGAAGUUCUUGGAAGUAUUCAGGAAUGUGGAAGUAGCAAUUGAAAAAAACGAAGAUCCCUUUCAUCGGAUGAGGUGGCUCAGGCAUCUCUAUCAAGAGACACAAACCGUUCAAGAACAUGAUUGGAAUGUACCUUUUGGUGAAUUUCAAAAUUUCUUUCCUGCAUAUGCUCAACACAAGGACAUGGCAAAAGCUGCAUUCAUGCAAGUUAAAUCUAAGUUCUGUGAUGAAGUGUUAUUUGAGGAUGUGAUUGAUAGGUAUAAACUACUACUCGAGAAUUAUAAGAAAGCCAGAAAGCAAUAUAUGAAUGGAAUGCUGUCGCUACAUUGUAAUGGGUUUCUUUCCCCCUAA